UAGACUCGGUCCAGAUUCCUCUAUAAGUAUACAUAUGCCUGCCUUUGUCCUGUCUGACCGGCCCCAGUCUGCCAGCGAUCGAUAUCUGGAAGAUUAUAACGAUUCGUACGAAGAUUCCAAUUCUGUAGCAAGUUCAAACUCAAUUUCUAAUUCCAAUUCUGACAACAUAUACCACAGCCAAGUCAACAGCCAUGAUACCAGUGGCAACAGCUUUGACAGUAGCACCGCCCACAGUCCUCGCUUCAUUUCUGACCACAGCUCUCCCCUGGGCUCCCGGAAGAUGACCAAGCUUCUGCGAGAACAGCAUCUCCACAACUACGACCGUCUUCGAGCCAAACUUCGAGCCAAUCUCUCCGAGGCUAACAAGGGUGAAGCCUCGAAUAUCGUCUUGGAUCAUCUUAAUGAUUUGCGGUCGGUCUACACCAAUGUUCAACAGGAAAGAAAUCGUGACACACGGAUCCACUUGACCGACUCAGAAGCGUUCAAAGAAACGGCUGAUUUUGCAGCAACCAACGCCCGAAACUUGAAGUUCAAUGAUGCUGGAAUAGCUCUCGAAACGCGUCUGUUCAUGUCACGUUUGCGACGUUUUGCUAGCGGAGACGUAGGCUCUCACGAAAAUGACGAUGAUGAGGACGAAAACAUCACUACAGGCGAAGAAAUGUUCAAUCGCACGAAUUGGAUCCGUUUGGGUAUAUUAUACCAUCAGGUGAGUCGAAGGGCUGUGCUGAUAGACUUCUUAAACGGGCCCUUGGCUAGUGAAAGAAAGAAGGCGGUAGCAAGAAACCGCAAUAUAGAUGACACGCAACUGGGAGCGGCUGCUACUACGGCCAAACAUGUCCAGAGUAGCGAGCUUGAGACUGACGAAGAGAAAAGUACUGCCCAUAUUAUCAGAAGUAUCUUCAGCACUUUGCAGGAAAUGGAUUUGGAUGAAGGAGUGAACUUUGUCAAGUUUUUCAUCAAUCCCAACUCGUUUGCCCAGUCGGUAGAAAACUUGUUUUUCAUCAGCUUUCUUGUACGUGACGGUAAGUUGAAGGUGUAUCAGGGCCCUGAUCUGGUUCCUAUGGUCAAGAUUCCUACUGUAGAAGAAAUGGAGGAAGUAUCUCUUCGAGGAAAGGACGUGGAAACUAACCACCAUAUCGCUAACCUAGACUAUGCUACCUGGGAGGGACUCAUCCUGACAUUUAAUAUCACAGAGUCAUUCUUGGGCCAUCGUGACGAAGAGGAAGACACGAUUCCUCAGGAAGAC